GUAUUCUAAAAACCUUCUUGCAAAAGACAAGACUUCGCGAAAGAAGAGAAAACUCAAGGAAAAUGAGUGUUUUGCAAAUUUUUUCGUAUGUAUUGGUUACGUUAAUAACUAUCGCUUACUACUUUAUACGACGUCACCAGACGUAUUUCGCAGUGCAUAAUAUACCGCAUGAAAAACCCGUUCUAUUCUAUGGUAAUAUGAAAAAGGUGGGUAACAGCCAGCACAUAAAGGAACCAUUUUUACAUUUGUAUAAAAAGUUCAAAGCUGAGGCGCCGUUUGCCGGUUUCUAUUUAUCAAUACGCAAAGCGGUAGUCUUAUUGGAUUUGGAUUUAAUUAAACGGAUCUUGAUAACCGAUUUUAAUGAGUUUUCACAUCGCGGUAACUACUACAAUGAAAAAGAUGAUCCUUUAUCAGGACAUUUAUUCAAUUUGGACGGUCCCAAAUGG